GGGUCUACGGUCGGCCACUAGGUGGCGUACUCGCAUCGGCAUUCCCUACAAGAGCGCAGCUUCGUUGAAAGGGAUCUCUGGCAGCGGAACAGUUAAUAUUGCCUGAGCUAUUCCUCUCCGCUCUUUUUUUGGAUUAAAAAAAACUGAGCGGCAAGGCUGGGGACAAGGGAUGCAGCAGAAAGAGCCGUGAGUGCGGCGCUGGAAGCGGGAUCUGUAGCGGGGAUCGAUCUGGGAGCAGAGCGGGACAAUGCGGAUGGCAUCGGGGUGAUGGUGGAGGCUCCGCGGUAGGCACGCAAACUGUUCGGAGGCUGGCCGAAUCAUACGCAGGGAGGACAUGAACAGGUCCGCGGCGAUCGUGCUCUGCCUCCUGGGCUGCAACGUGUGGAAAGCGGUGACCAAGAGCCUGCCGGAGGACGGCGACGCAAGAGAGGUUACGCUGAAGGUGCGCUUGAGCGAUGCCGGCACCCACCAGCCCAUAACCGGGGUCACCGUGGAGAUCUUCGCCAACCACACCUCCCUCGCCUCGGAGUCCUCAGGACCGGAUGGCAACGCCUAUGUCACAUUUCCAUACAGGGUGGGCUCCCUGUUGAUCGUCACGGCAACCAAGCCAGGCUACGUGCCGAACUCGGCCCCGUGGAGGCCGGCCCGAAUGCCCGUGUUUUCCUCACUCAGCCUGGAGCUGCUCCCGGAGAAGGCCGCCGCCCUCAUGGUCUACGAGGAUGUCGUCCACAUUGUCUCCGGCUUUCCAGGAUCGACGGCUCGUCCCUGGGUGCAGUUCCGGCGCAGGGCCCUGAACCUUCCUCCGGACACCAACUAUGCCAACCUGACGGCCCAGCUCACCGUGGCAAGCUCAGCGCGCCAGUUUGACCUCUUCCCAUACCUGCAGGGACUCUCAGGAAACGGCACGGGCAACGGGUGGGAGCUGAACCCGAUCACCGCCAUCAGCGUCCAUCUGCUGGGCGACAGCGGAGCCGAGGUCCACGUCAGUGAGCCCAUCAGCAUCAUGGUGCCGCUCCCUCCAGACAGCGGCCUGAAGGAGAACGACCACAUCCCUGCCUGGCGCUUCGACCCCAAGCUGGGAGCGUGGCUGAAGAGCAGCCUGGGCUAUGUGCAGAGGGAGGGGGGGCAGCUCGUGCUGACCUACAUCGCCCCCCAGCUCGGCUAUUGGGCAGCCGCCAUGUCACCUCUCAACACAGGUGCUGUGGUUGCGAAGGACAUCAGCUCCUACCACACGGCCUUUCUGCUGGCCAUCCUGGGUGGGAUGGGGGUCAUCAUCCUGUUCCUCGCCUCCCUGCUUCUCUACUACUGCAGGAGGAAAUGUCUGAGGCCACGGCAACGGCACCACAAGCUGCAACUGUCCACGGUGCUCAGCGGCUCCAAGAGAGACCAGGCCACCUCCAUGUCACACCUCAACCUCAUCAGCGAGGUGCACUUGGACCUGGUGUCGUCCACAGCCGAGCCCAACCUGCACACUCCCGUGCUACAGCCCACCUGUGCUCCCACCUCCCACCAGGAGAGGGAGCCCUCCAACCAGAGCUCACCUGCCCACCAGCCCCACUCCUCCCGCACUUCUCUGGUUAAGGAGUGCCACCGAUUGGUGGAGGUCCCUCCAGUGAGGGCAGCCCGGUCCCAAGAACUUGGGGACGGUUAUGAGUCGCCCCAGCACGGAGACGGCCGGCAGAGCCGCUGCUCUGAGUCUUCCCCACGGCCGCCAGAUGCGAGGGAGGGGUCAGCGCAGGCAUCGAGGAGCCAGCUGUCAGUGGGCAGCGAGGCCAGCAUCCACGACGCCUCCCUGUCCAGGCCACGCACCCCGGGCCCCACGGAGCAGCCCCCUGACCGCCGGCCGGUGGACCACCUGCUGUCGCGGUCCGUGGACCACCUAGAGAGGCCCGCCUCCCUGCCACGGCCAGGCCAGCUGCUGUGCUGCAGCUCUGUGGACCAGGUGAACGAAGGCGGGUACCGGCGGGCACGGCCAACCCUGGUCAUCCCGGCGCACUACGUGCGGCUGCCCGGGGAGCACCCGUUUGCUGGGCAGCCUCUGCUCCUGCAGGCUGACCAACAGAGUGACCUGGAGACCAUCCAGGCGGAGCUGUCUGCCUCGCAGCCUCCGCCAGGCCCGCCGGGCUCCGGGACGCCGCAGAUGUCAUCCUCCACCGAGGACCCACGGGACGGCACGUGGACCCUGCAGACGGCCUCGGCGCCCGAGUCGCUGUCCAUCCCGGCAUCGCUCAGUGAGGUGGGGCUGGUGCAGAUGAACGGUGAGGACCAGCUGCUGGCGGAGAAGUCGCUGCUGGAGCUGCGUGGCGGUAAGCCGCUGCCCCACCCCCGCGCCUGGUUCGUCUCCCUGGAUGGCCGCUCCAACGCCCACAUUCGCCACUCCUACAUCGACCUGCAGCGUGCCGGCUGCAACGGCAGCAAUGACGCCAGCCUGGACUCGGGCGUGGACAUGAGCGAGCUAGCCCGGCGCAUCCGCAGGGGCCUGCGGGAGAGGGAGGCCGAGAGGGAGGCCGAGGUGGAGGCCCGGCGGGACAGGAGCACACCGCCCACGGUAGCCUACACCCAGCUGGUGUACGUGGACGACAUGGAGGCCGAUGGCAGUGAGACGGGUACGCCCAACGGCAGCCCCGACGAUGGUGCCCUUGGGCCGCUGCUCCAGGACACCCGAGGAGCCGAGGAGGAGGAGGUGGACGACGACGGGGGCGGGCGAGGAGAGGGUGAAUUCAGGACUGAGCAUGCCAGGCCGGAGCUUCAGCUGCCUGACAGCCCUCCUGACAUCAUCUCCGGGCAGGACGACAGCGGCGAGGACGAGAACAAGAAGAGCCCCUGGCAGAAGCGAGAGGAGAGGCCCCUGUUGGCCUUCAACCUGAAGUGAGCGAGCGGUCCGAGAGACGGGACCAGGACCGCAGGCGGGCAGUAAACACGCAAAAAAUAGUAAUGUGUGCCUCGUGCACCCGAGCCGCUCCUUUUCGAACCAUUGGACACAAAGCUUUACGCUGGCGUGAAUCCUCAAGCUGGAUGGACAAUGAGGCACCGCUCCUCUUCACCUUCUGUCCCUCUGGUGGCAGCUUUGUGCAUUAAACACUUUCAGCUGGUCAGCUCAGAUAAGCUCUUUCCACCAGAGGGCGCCUAUGCACCGUUUUUUACUGCGGUAUCGCGUUGCUUUUAAUGCCUUUUUAACGUGUAACCACUAUGUCAUGAUUUUUUCCCCUCUUAUUUUCCAAGUAUUUUAUCCAGAUAUUUUUGUUACUGUUUAGUUUCAGCCUUGCCUUACAGUAAGAGUAAAAUGUGACUCUGAAUGCCUUCUUCCGUCGACGCCAAACCGAAUCCUGCGUUUGCUGGUUUUAUUCUCUACUUCCAUGUGUUUUUCCAAGUGCCUUGUUAAACUUACCUGGUUAGCUUCUUUUACUCGUUAGCAUUUUUGACCCCGUGCACGCGCGCGCACACACACACACACACACACACACACCUUGGCAGCCCCCCGAUCAGGUUCCCCCCGUGUCCCGAACACACAGACCAGGCAGCGCACAACUACAAUAGCUGGUGACUCGAAUGGCGCCUCGUUCUGUCUCCUUGCCAUGGUAAUCUGCUUACGGCAAGCAUAUUUUACUCUGAAUGUUAAUACUGGUUGCUUGUAUAAUACUUGAUGCUCAUUACUCUGAAUAAAUUGAAGUAAAAAAAAAAAAAAAAAAA